AAAUUAUAAGAAAAGAGGUUAAAAAUCACUGUAAUUACUAAGUUUUAUGGAGAUAUACGCUUCACGAGUUGCAUCAUUCCAGUUAUCAUCAAGGAAGAGGUCAAAAUGGCCUCAUAUUCGUCCUACACCAAAAGAUCUUGCAGAAGCAGGAUUUUAUUAUGAACCAUCAUCAUUAUCAUGUGAUAAUGUUGUUUGUUUUUUAUGUAAAAAGUCAUUGGAUGGAUGGAACGUAGAUGAUGAUCCGGUCAAAGAACAUAUUGAACAUUCACGAGGAUGCGGAUGGGCUAUUUUGAAAUAUAUUAAGCUUGGAGAUAAGGAAAGAAGUAUUUUUUCAGAAAAAGAGGUUCAGGAAGCGCGGGAAGCGACAUUUGGACAAUGGUGGCCUCAUGAGCAGAAGAGAGGAUGGGUAUCUAAAGUUAAGAAGAUGUCUAGUGCAGGAUUUUAUUAUAAUCCUACGCCAGGAUCUAAUGAUAUGGUGAGUUGUAUAUAUUGUGGUCUUGGUCUAGAUGGAUGGGAGCCGAAAGAUGAUCCAAUGGAAGAGCAUAAGAAAAGGGCACCUUCAUGUUUUUUUUUUCAACAAACAAAUGCUCGAGUAAAAACAUCAGAGUUUAAAGUAUCUGAUAAAAUGGUGCAAAAUCAUGAUGUUCAGGAUGAAGAUGCAUUGGAUGGAGAUGAUUUUAUAAUUAGUUCUAAAUCUAAGACGAAUUCUCUUUCAAAAACAAAAGGACGAUCAGUUGUUAAAAGAUCAUCUAAAAAAUCUAAAGAUAAUAAUCUGCAAUCACGAUUGAAAAAAUCUUUAUUAGUUUCAUGUAAAGAUGAUAAUGAUCAUUCUCAUGAGACAUUAUUAGUUUCAGCUAUUGAUGAUAAGUCAGUUUUGGAUAAUUCAAAUUUAAUUGAAGAAAAUAACUCUAAUGAUAUUGAUAAUAUUGGUUCUAGUAAAGAAACGUGUUUAAACUCUUCGCAUACAAAUAGUCCAUCUAGUAAUUCUGAAUUUCCAUUUACUAAGAAGGAAAUUAUAAAAAUAUCUAAAUCAAAAAAUACAAGACAGUCUCAACAAAUUAAGAAAGAAAAUAAUUUAAAUAAAUCGGCAUGUGAUCAUAAAUAUAAUACGAAUAUUAAUACUAAUGCUACUAAAAAUCAAAAAAAUGGAAGUAUUAUAGAAAAUAAUAAACAAAAUGAUGUGUCUAUCAGAUCGAAUAAACGGUUGACUAGAUUAGAUGUUAAAAAUGAUAUCAUUGAAAGUUAUGAUUCGGAAGGAUCACAAAAUGAAUGUGUUAUUGUUAAAACGACUUCAAAUAAGUCUCAUAGAAAAACUAGUUCUGUAAAAAGCGUUAAAUCAGUUGGAAAAAUGUCUCUAAGAGGUAUGAGAUUAAGUCAUGAUAAUGAGAAAAAAAUAGUAUCAGAAUCAGAAAACCAGAAAACUAAAAAAAGCGUUUUGCGUCCUAGAAAAUCAUCUAGAAUCAAUACACAAAUAGAUGAACUAGAAGAUCAAAUAAAAUCUAUAAAAAAAUCUGAUACCAAAAAAAAGCCUAGAAUGACUCGGAAAACAAAUGAAAUUGCUAAUUUUAAAGAACUUGAAAAUGCUUUUGAAUUAACUUCAAAAUUAUCUCAAGUUACUCCUUUACAGUUUGUAAAUAAAGGAAACAAUUAUGAAAAAAUUGGAGACUCUUUUAACCGAAAUGAAGUAUUUAAUAAUUUUGUUAUGAAGGACAGUUUUGAUGAUUCAUUACAACAGAAAUCUAAAAAAAUAAUUGAUUUUGGUAUUAUUGAAAGCGAUGCAAAAAAGACUAAAAAUAUUUCUAUAUCAGAGGUAUUUAAUAAUAGUACUGAUAAAAAAACAUGCAAUUGGAUUCCAAUAGAUGUCGAAAAUCUCAUUUUUAACUUCUCGAGUGAUACUUUACCUAAUUCUCAUGAACUUACUGUUACAGAGCUAAAUAUGACAAUAGAAGAGUGGAUAAAAUUUAUAACCCAAAAACAAGUUGAAAAGUUAGAAAUGGAAUGUCGAAGAAUGAUUUCUAUUUUAAAAGAAGAAGGAGAAAGGGCGAAACAAGCUAUUUUGGAUAUUCAGGAAUUAUAAUUAAUCUAUUUAUAUUGUCUUAAUAUCAUUUUGUAUAUAUAAUUUU